CGCUGCCACUGCGCGUUCUUCCGUAAUUCCUCCGUAUUUUUUUUCCCUCUCCCUCUCUCCCUCUUUUGUUCUCGUCUCUUCCUCCCUACGCGAGCGAGGUGGUAUUAUUCCUCGGCUCGAGCGGUGGUGGGGUGGUGGUGGCGCUGUAAGUUUGAGGAGUGGGGAGGCCAUGGCGGGGGCGGUGGUGGAGGAGGGGAGAAUGCUACCCCAGUCGUAGCGUCUCCGUCCUCUCAGUCUCGGGAGGAGGAGGAGGAGCUUGGAGCGGAAGGUGAGGAGGAGAAGCAGCGGCGCGGUCAAGUUCUUGGAGUUCUUGGAUGCAGCGAAGCGGAGCGCAGGCGAGGAAGGCGUCACUCGUUGAGUCCAUAGAGGCCGCGAUCUCUGAGCUCAUGCCGCCAGAGGCGGCAGCCGAUGCCGAGCAUGAGAACUUCAUGGAUGUAGGCAGCCACCUCUACCAUGCACCCCUGGUCACGAUGGAGCUGCAGAGAGUGCAGAAUUCGACGGUUAAUGUGAUGCACGUCAUGGAGUAUCUGGCUGCCAAUGUCGACCUCGCCAAGGACCUCGUCAUGAGGUGCAGCGCCGUUGCGCGGGAGCUCAAGAACGAUGACCUCCUGGGCAUGACCGAGGACCUUGACAGUGUCAUAAAGAACAUUGGGCAUGAGCUCAGCAGGAUACCUGCUUCAACAUUUGGUAGCAGCAGGUUUCCAGAUGGCAGAGCAGAUGCAAACCUUCAGAUUGCAGGACAUCGGCCGCGUUAUUGUGACCAGAAUUCCUGCGAUGGUUACUCUGAGGCCGAUAUGUCGAUAAUCCCGGCAAACAGCAGGCCCCGGAGAAGAACAUUGCACAAUAGUGACAUGCCAAGGCUGGUGGACUUCCUGCAGGGAAUGUACCAUGAAUCACAUGAUAUCGGUGCACAUUCAUUCAAUUCGCUCCCUGAAGUUGCAGAAUAUGUCGAGCCAUUAUAUGAUUCGUUCUUCUGUCCAUUGACAAACAAGGUCAUGGUUGAUCCAGUGACAACAGAAAGUGGUGUGACAUAUGAUAGGAAAGCCAUUGAGGAGUACUUUGAGAAAUUUGCUGAUGGUUCUGAACCUGUGGUAUGCCCUGUGACAAAGAUGUCGAUGCAAAGCAAGGCACUGAGGAGCAAUGUUCCACUGAAGAGCACAAUUGCAGAAUGGAUUAUGAGAAAUGAAGCCACAAGGGUCAGGAUUGCACGAACCGCGCUCUCCAUGGCUUCCACAGAGGCAAUGUUGCUUGAGGCCAUACAAGAGCUGAAGCUGCUGGCCAAGAUAAGGAGAAAGAACAGGGAACAGAUGCACAAAAUCGGGAUAACUAAGUUCCUCCCUCGUUUGUUGGAGCACAAGGAUGGUCUGAUACGCUGUGAUUCGCUGGAUCUCCUUUGCUUAUUGGCUGAGGAUGAAACAGGAAAGGAAGUCAUAGCAAAUACCAGAGCCAUUACAAGAACAAUAAAGCUGCUUUCUAGUAAUAGUCCUGAUGAAAGACAUGCAGCCAUCUCUUUCUUGCUAGAGCUUUCGAAAUCGGAGCUAUUGUUGGAAAACAUCGGAUCAACUUCUGGAAGCAUAUUGAUGCUUACCACAAUGAAAUUCAAUGAUUCAGAUGAUCCGGUUGCUGCAGAGAAGGCUGGGGAGGUUCUCAAGAACCUGGAGAACUGCCCAAAGAACAUUAAGUACAUGGCUGAAAGUGGUUACCUGGAUCCUCUCCAAAGACAUUUAGUGGAAGGGUCUGAAGAUGUUCAAAUGGAGAUGGUGAGCUACCUCGGCGAGCUGGUCCAGAAGCAGGAAAUGACCAUCAACAUUGCUGGGAGUGCUUCAGAGAUCCUCAUCAAGAUGGUGCAUAGCGGCAACACUGUGAUCCGCAAGGCGGCCCUUGAUGUCCUUGUCCAGAUCUCCUCAGAUGGCCCCAACAGCAAGACUCUCGUCGACGCCGGUGCUGUUCCGGUCAUGGUGGAGGAGCUCUUCAUCCGCAAGAUCGACGACGAGCCUAUGGGGUCCAAGACAGAGGCUGCUGCAGUGCUCGCCAACAUCGUCGAGUCCGGUCUCGAUCCCGACACCAUCGUCGUCAACAAGGAAGGCCAUGUCAUCACUUCAAAGUAUUCGGUGUACAACUUCACCCACAUGCUCAAGUGCUCCAUGCCUGAUGAUCUCAACCUGAGCAUCAUACGUGUGCUGCUCGCGCUCACUGCGCUCCCAAAGCCGCUCAUGACGGUGGUGUCCGUCAUGAAGGAGCAGGACAGCAGCCUGACCGUGAUCGAGUUCAUGGGCUCGAAGACGGAGGCGUUAGGCAUCAGCGCGACGAGGCUGCUCAUUGCAUUGUCUCCUCAGAUGGGGCACACCAUUGCCGAGAAGCUCUGCAAGGCGCCAGGGCAGCCGGGAAGGCUGGUGAAGAGCAUCGGCCAGCCCGGGCGUGUCACCGAACGGCACGCCGUGGCGGCGACGCUGCUGGCGAGGCUGCCGUACCAGAACAUCACGCUCAACCUGGCGCUGCUGGAGCAGGGAGCAGUGCCGACGUUGCUGGCCAAGAUAGAGGAGAUGCAGCGCGGCGAAAUGCGAGUGAGCCGCCAUGCCAAGACGUACAUGGAGGGCCUCGUCGGCGCGCUCGUCCGGAUGACGAUGACGCUGUACGACCCCGACGUGCUCCUGGCGGCCAUGGAUCACAACUUCACGGCGGUGCUCACCGAUCUGCUCGUGCGGUCAGCGGGCAGCGACGAGGUGCAGCGGCUCGCGGCGGUCGGCCUCGAGAACCUUAGCCACCAGUCGGUGAACCUCUCGCAGCCGCCAUCAGAGGAGCAACGGCGCCCCAAGAAGAAGAACAUCCUCCGGCGCCUGCGCGACGCGCACACCGGGCGGGUGCACGACAACAACCGGAAGCCGCCACCGCCGCCGGCGCAGGGACGCCUCUGCCCGGUGCACCGCGGCGUGUGCUCCCCGGCCACCACGUUCUGCCUGGCGGAGGCCGGCGCGGUGGAGGCCCUCGUCGGCGUCCUCGAGAGCAACGAGAACGGCCGCGUGGUCGACGCCGUGCUGGGCGCGCUCUGCACGCUCAUGGACGACGCCGUCGACGUGGAACGCGGCGUGGCCGUGCUCGCCGAGCACGACGCCGCGCGGCACGUCCUGCGCGCGCUGCGGCAGCACCGUGACGUCGGCGGCGACACCGCCGGCGCGGUGUCGCGGCGCUGCUUCUGGGCCGUGGAGAGGUUCCUGGCGCACGGCGGCGAGCGGUGCGUGCGCGACGUGACGGCGGACCGCGCGCUGCCGAGCGCGCUGGUGAGCGCGUUCCACAAGGGCGACGCCGCGACGAAGCAGGUCGCCGAGAGCGUGCUCCGGAGCCUGCACCGGAUGCCGGACUACUCCGCCACCUACGUCUCCGUCGAGUUGUAGCAUAUCAUCUUCAUCUUCAUCUCCAUAGUUUCUUGCCAUGUUCUUGGCUGUAACUACUAGAACUACAUCAUAUGGGCUUGGUGUAUUUGGUUUGGUCUUGUAACUAUACUGAACAAGUUCACAGGGAAAAGAGAAGAAGAAAAGAAAGAACACUGCAGAUGCAAUGUAGCUAGUACAUGUUGUUAUAGCAGGGGAAGAUUAUAUGCUCUUUGACAUAGGUAGUAGUUUCUUUUUCUUCAUGUAUGUAUAAUUUGUUUCAGAAAUUGUCUUUUGUGGAUUGGUGUUUUUGCUUGGAGAAAGAAAUAUUUGCAUAUAGAUGCAGCAAAAAUGUAGUGUUCAGACCUCAGAUUGCUUCAGAAACGUGCCAUGUCAUGUUUUAUCA